AUGCGUGUACUCUCAAACCUCAGUCACGAUGAGCUACCGCCCAUCAGCAUGAAUACGUCAGUCAAGCCUAAAGAGGUGGCGCCUUUCCUGCGCAGCCUCCGCAGCAUGCUUGAGAAUGAAAGCGCCGAGAUUUUGCGCUGGACGCCCAACGGCCGAGCUUUUGAGAUCCUUGACAUGGAUCGUAUGAUGGAGGAGGUACUGCCCAAAUAUUUCAAGCACCGCAAGUACGCAAGCUUCCAGCGCCAGCUCAACUACUUCAGCUUCAGAAAGUGGACUAAGUCCAAGGCCGUUGUCUGCACCUUCUCAAACGACUGUUUCCUGCGCGACCGCCCUGAUCUCUCUUGGCACAUCACGCGCAAGAGGUCGGCACACAUGAGCGGCAAUUUCAUGCCGCGGAAGCCACGACCUGCCGUGUCUGGUGUGCCAAAACGCAGCGUCGAGUUGGAGCCCAUAAAGCUAGAGUCUCAACGAUCCCAGCGGUUCCCGAGCAAGAACUCAUGGAAGCGAGAUAUUAUGAUCCGCGUCCCUCAAGUGCCUAGUGCCGUGCUCACUGGUGGUCCGGGCGGCAUGGGACAGCCGAUUCCGUCACCCACCGACAUGGACAUGAUGCUGAUGGAAAACGAUAUCGAGCCGCAGAGGUAUUUACAGUCAAUCAGUAGUUUUGCCACGCCGCCUCUGAGUGAACAGGACGUAGACUCGCUUGAGUGGAUCGAUAGCUUCCUGCCAUCGCUUGAUGGGUUUACUCGACAGGACGAGCCAGUGUUUGCAGGAAACACCGUGAACGUGAGUGCUAGCGCACUCAUGCAUCCGACGCCGCAAUACCUCGUGCCGUCGGGAGGAAACUACGCCUGUUCGACUUUUCUGUAA